AUGGCGCAACGACCCAAAGUCCCAGCUGCUCUUCAUUCUGAACUCACGGAGUACUCGUCUCUUCUGCGCGCCUUGCGGACUAGCAAUACCCUCGACCUGGUUCAACACCUCGCGGAACCUCCUUCGACCGGCUUUCAUGCGAGCUCUGACUGGGACGAUGUGUCGCUCCCUGAUGAGGACCAUCAUGAAGUUGCCAGUGAUCCUCCCCUGACGGAAUCUGCCUCUCAGGACUUGGUCUCGAAUGUCGGCUCCUCUAUACAGUCACACGGUAGCAGCCAAUCUCGUGAACAGCUUCCCAUCGGCAAGGCAAAGCAGAAGGACAACUGGACUCGGUGGCCUCUCCUUGCAGGCGAUGUGCAUGUGCCGGAGUGGGGUCUGCACGAUGAAGUCCGUCACGCCGCUCAGGAAGCACUCACAUCCUCCCAAGACCAUCACGGCGCUGGACCCUCGUCUCUUAAGGAUCAUAAUUCUGUCCCUCCCUUUGACGAAGAGGAACGCGAACAUCCAGCGCUAUCCCCUCCUGCUCUUCGUGCUAUGACUGCUGACUCGGCGGCGUUCCUUACCCGAAUACUGGCUUUGCUGGCAGCGCACGUACCUAACACCGAGAAGAGCAUGCAGAAUCGGCUGCGUCCCAUCGAUUGGGAGACGGUCAUAGACGUUGCUUGCACCCAUGGAGUUGUAUCUGCAAACAUGGCUGAACGUGUUCGUGAGCGCAUGUCGCGUUUGUAUCCCCUGGCCCGACCGAGCACUGCUUUCCGGGUCGGUCGCUUGUCCGCCGCGAACACCAACCUAAUCGGUAGACUUGCGGAGCUAGACGCUUCCCUGUUCGUACCCGCCGAACACGAAACUAAGCGUAGGCCAAAACGCAGCUCUAAGAAGCGUGAAGCCUCUGCAGACGCCAACCUGCCAGCGAAGAGGCAACGCUCAGAGGACGGCGGAUAA